AUGGGCGCGGAGGCCGGCCUGGCGCGGCGGCUGCGGGCGGCGCUGCGGGCGGAGGAGCCGCGGGCCGUGCAGGAGCUGCUGCGCCACGGUGCGGACCCCAACCUGGUGCUGGCGGACGGCGCGGCGGCCAUACACCUGGCGGCCGGGGCCCGGUCCCCGCGCGGCCUGUGCUGCCUCCAGGUCCUGCUGCGCGGAGGCGGGGACCCCAACACCCGGUCUGCAGAGGCGCUGACGCCGCUGCACGUGGCGGCCGCCUGGGGCUGUCGCCGAGGCCUGGAGCUGCUGCUGAGCCGAGGAGCGGACCCCACGCUGCGCGACCAGGACGGACUCCGGCCGCUGGACCUGGCCGUGCGGCAGGGGCACGCGCACUGCGCGCGCGUCCUUCGGGAACUGGACGCGCGGACCCCGACCCGGACCGGGGCGGAGACCCAAGAGCCCGAGCCCGAGCCCGGCAGCCCUGGCGCCUCUGGACUGCGCGACGGGCCGCUGGACCCCGCGGCAUUGCUCACCCGGCUGGGCGGAGGUGACAGCAGCCACGCGGGCCUGGAGGCUGGCGCGGGGUCCCCCAGCCUUCCUGCUGCCCUGGGCGUUGCGGACAAGGACAGGAGCUCGGCGUCCCCACCAGGGCGCUGGGACUGCAGCUCAGAUGAGUCCUUCGUCACCGCUGUGGAGGGCUCCGGAGCCGAGGACCUGGCCCCGGACACUGCCCCCUGCGCUGGGUCGUUGCCCCAGACCAGGCAGGGGCCUGGCGUGCGUCCUGCCCAGAGGCUGCCGCGGUCUCCAGGUGCCCCGCUCGGGUGCGGCGAGGCAGGGCUGACCGCGCACCUGCAGGCCCUGACUCUGGCCUCGCCAGAUGCCACCAGCGUCCCGUCCCUCCCCUGCGCACCGCUCGGGGACACGUACCCGGCCCGCAGUCCCCCGCGGACACCGCGCCCGGCACCCUCUGACUUCCACUUCCAGACGGACGCCCAGACACCUCUCGAUAGUGAGGUCGCUGCCCUCUGGCUCACAGAGGACGAGGAGGCGAGCUCCACAGGUGACAGGGAUCCUGUCCCCUCUUGCUGGCACCUGCCAGGCCCUGCUAUGCCUGACUCGGAGCUUCCGCCGGGACGUCGAGGGCUUGGCGAGAGUCCUGGCCCCAUCACGCCCUUCGCCCCGCGGUGCAGCCUCCGGCAGCUAGAAGAAGCCCCGGCGGCUCCUGGCCCAGACUUCUCCGGGCACAGCCCGGAACUGGCCGAGGCCCUGCGGACAGGCCGGAUCCCUCACGCCCAGGCAGAUGAAGAUGCGCUGGCCCAGCAGUUUGCCCGGCCAGACCCCGCCAGGAAGUGGCGGGAGGGAGUGGUCAAGUCCAGCUUCACGUAUCUGCUGCUUGACCCCAGGGAAACUCAGGACCUGCCGGCCCGAGCCUUCUCGCUGACCCCAGCUGAGUGUCUUCAGACUUUUGUCCGUGCCAUCUUCUAUGUGGGCAAGGGGACACGGGCCCGGCCAUAUGUCCACCUCUGGGAGGCCCUUGGCCAGCACAGGCGGCCAGGAAAACAGGCCUGUCCCAAGGUACGCCGGAUCUUGGACAUCUGGGCCAGCGGCCGGGGCGUGAUCUCCCUGCACUGCUUUCAGCACUCGGUUGCCGUGGAGGCAUAUACGCGGGAGGCGUGUCUUGUGGGUGCACUAGGCAUCCAGACGCUGACCAACCAGAAACAAGGGCACUGCUACGGGGUGGCGGCAGGCUGGCCUCCCGCUCGGCGCCGGCGCUUGGGGGUACGCCUGCUGCAUCGGGCCCUCCUCGUCUUCCUGGCUGAGGGGGAGCGAGAGCUGAGGCCUCAGGACAUCCAGGCCCGCGGCUGAGUGCUGGGGAAUCGGCCAUCCGGCCGGGCAGAGACCAGGGUGUGUGAACGUCCCCGCUGCCCCGGCCGGGAGCUCCCGUCUCCCCGCUUUCAGAAGGCGCGGGCACAGGCUGGGCGUGGUGGCUCACGCCCGUAAUCCCGGCACUUUGGGAGGCCGAGGCGGGAGGAUCGCUCAAGGU